GUAAAACAUGGCUAGUCGCGAGAGCAGGAAGCUGCCCAUGUGCUACAUAUGUGCUACUGAUGUUUUGUAGCGCAUGGAAGUCUUCACAGAAUAAGCGUGAAGUACUUUGCUGUGUGUAAUCAUGAUAACUCCAGCGUUUGAUCUGAGUCAAGAUGCUGAUUUCCUUACUGUGGUUAUUCGUGUACCGUACACCAGAACAUCUGAGUUUGACAUCUAUAUCCAGGGAGAAGAUUUGAAGUUUUAUGCCAAGCCCUACUUUCUCAGGUUGACUUUGCCUGGAAGAAUAGUAGAAGAUGGCCGGGAAAAGGCUUCAUUUGAUAUCAAUAAAGGCCUCUUCACGCUGCAUGUCCCUAAAGAGACGGCCGGACAGCACUUUGAGGGUUUAGAGAUGCUCACCAGUCUCCUGGCUCCUAAGGGAUCAAGGUCAGCCAAACCACUGGUGGAGGACACAGAGGCCUGUGGUGGAGGAUGUGAGGAGGAACAUGAAGAGGACGAGUUUGAUUGGCAGAUAGAACAGGAGGUUUACACUGAAACCCCAGCAGAGACGCUGAAAGAAUACCACAAGUAUGGCUUUGGAAAUCUUAGGUCUGGAGUCUUCACCAGACUGCAAGAGGAGCUGAAUGAGGUGACUGACGUGAAGGAUCCUGACAAUACUGCUCCUGAGCUCAGGAGACGCAAUCGAUUAGAUGCAGAGACUACAGUAUUUUGUGCUGACCAUUACUUGGUGAACUUGUAUGAGGACGAGGAAGAAAUCAGAAACCUACUGAAGUUUAAACCGUGGUGGAGAGAACUGAGCCCAGACCCUUCAGCGCACUCCGAAACCUCAAUAACUUUCACAGACGAAGAAAAAGAGCAGAUGAGGAAAUUCACAAACCGUUCGUACUUGCUGGAUAAGAAAGCACGCUUCCACGUCUGGCUCGGUUUGGUGGACAUCAUUCUCGCGUAUGUCUAUGAUGUGCGCACUACAGAGGGAGAGCACAAUGUAGAGUCGGCCUGGACCAUCAGGAAGCUCAGUGGUACUCUCAGUUGGCUGGAGACGUAUCACUCGCUGCAAGACGUGCUGGUGUCUUUCGGCAGGAGGACUUUGUGCUACCCGCUCUAUCGCCACUUCUCCCUGAUCACAAGAGCUGUGAAAGACGUUGCUUUCAUUUUUCAGGCUGGCAAGGCCUGCGUCCUGAAGUGUUUGCUGGCCAUCCAUAAGAUCUUCCGGGAGAACGAUCCGGCCUAUAUCCUCAAUGACCUCUACAUCACAGACUACUGCAUCUGGAUCCAGAGGGUCAAAUCCAAACAUGUGCUUGAGCUGGCCGAAUCCUUACAUAAAGCCAAACUGCAGAAGAACAAUUUAGACCUAGAGCUAGACAUACUCGAACAAGCUGCAGAACUUGCAGUGAAGGAGGAAGCAGACGAAGAAGACGACAGCGAUGAUGAGGAGGACUCUAGCAGUGAUGGUGACUCUGAGGAGGAGGAAGAAAGUGAGAGUGAGGAAGAGCAGCCUGAAGAAAAAACAGCAAACAACCAAACAGAACCCAGGCCUCUUGAACCUCAGAUCAGCUGUGGAAUUCUGAAGGAAGAUGCUUUGACUGAUGCUUCCCUCCUUCGUGUUGAGCUCCAGCGAGAGCCCAGACAGUUGAUUGAGGAGCUGGGAGAGAGGCUGGAGGCGGGGCUGACAAUUCAGGAGGAUGUGCCUCGGGAAAGACGCUCUAUUAGCGGCAGUAACACAGAGGGAGAGGGGGAGAGAAAGAGCGAGGGAGACUAUUACCAUCAGUGUCGAGCUGAAACGGAACGAGACGCCACGAAAGCAGCAACCAGUAGAGAGCUACUUAAUCCGUGCCUUCAGAGGAAUCCACUGCGUAUCAUAAGCACUGAUGAACUGGACAGUGACGAUGAUGGAGACCUACUUCUUACAGUGGGAAAAGAAGGACCUUAGUGGGAGUAUUAUUGCUUGGACAUUAGGAUUGCUUCACACUAAGACUAACGGAUGUAUCCUUAAAUCAGUCAAAGAACUUGUGCUUUUUCGUGGAUUUAUGUUGUAAAAAAUGACAGUUUUAUUUGUGGCAUUGUCGUACUUGCUUGUUUCGCAGUGCCAGUGCUAUUGAAAAUAUAUAAGACUUCAUUUCCAUUGUACAUUCAUGUCAUUCUGGGUAGUUUUAUAUUAAACAUUUAUUGCAUAUAAAAUUUUUC